UUCAUUUUCACUGAUCUUCUCAGAAAUUGAUAACCUUCUUUUUCUAUUCCAACAUCAAAAUUUGAUAGUUCAGCUUCACAAAUUCAUCCUUAUUUUCUUCCAUUUACAAACUAAUUCAAUCCCCCCAUCUUCAUCAAAUUGCAAAAGAAACCUCAAAAAUGUGAAAAAGGGUGAGUCUUUCCUCCAUUUCUAUAAUUUUUUUCUCAUAUUUUUUAACCCCAAAAACAAAUUUUAAGAUGAAUUCACCAUUUGGGGUUUUCCCAGAUGAAGUAAUUCUUCAGAUUCUUGCUAGAUUACCUGUUAAAUCACUUUUUAAGACAAAAAUUGUAUGCAAACUUUGGUACAAAUUAAUAUCUGAUAAAUAUUUUACAAAUCUAUAUAAUGAACUCUCAGUUAAGAAUCCUAUGGUACUUGUUCAGGUCAGUGAGCCUUCAUCUGAAUCAAGAUCUAGUUUGAUUUGUGUUGAUAAUUUGAAAGGGGUGUCUGAAUUUUCAUUGGAUUUUGUUAAAGAUCGGGUCAAAGUUAGAGGUUCUUGUAAUGGUUUAUUAUGUUUGUCUAGUAUACCUGAUAAGGAUGUUUAUUAUGUUUGUAAUCCAUUGACUAGAGAAUAUAAAUUGCUUCCUAGAAGUAGGGAAAGACCUAUUACUAGGUUUCAUCCCGAUGGCGAAGCCACUCUUGUUGGUUUGGCUUGUGAUUUGAUAACACAAAAGUACAAUGUGGUUUUAGCUGGUUAUCAUAGGUCAUUUGGUCAUAGGCCCGAGAGGACGUUUAUAUGCAUGGUCUAUGAUUCGGAGUCGAACAAAUGGAGGAAGUUUGUGUCGUUGCAGGACGAUCAAUUUACGCGUAUGAAUAAGAACCAAGUUGUGUUUAUUAAUGGUGGAUUGCAUUGGUUGACGGAUAGUUGUUCGUGUAUGCUUGUUCUUGAUUUGGCUACUGAUUUUUGGAGGAAAAUACAAUUGCCUGAGGAAAUUAGUUGUGGAGUUAGGAGUCGUGUUUAUUUGUUGGAAUUGGAUGGAUGUUUGUCUGUGAUUCAGAUAUAUGAGGCUUGGAUGGUUAUUUGGGUAAUGGAAAAUUAUGAGAAGGAAGAAUGGCGAAUGGUGGAUAAAGUGAGUCUUCGAUGCAUUAGAGGGAUGGUACCAGGCAUUUUCCCGAUUAGUCAAACUGGAAACUAUGUUUACCUUGCUACACAUAAGCAGGUUUUGAUAUAUCAAAGAAACAGCCGUGUAUGGAAGGAGAUGUACUCUGUAAAGGACAGCUCAACCUUGCCUUUAUGGUUCUCAGCUCAUGCCUUUAGGAGCACUCUCUUUUCCUGCCAUUGAUCCGAGGAUUGUAUACAUCUUCCUAUUCAACUGUUGUACAUAGUGCUAUCACUAAUCUGACUCCUAUCUCUUUGAGCGGUCGUCUUCUUGAUAUCCUGUCAUACUGUAUAUGUUGUGUGGAACGUCGAAGGUGGUUUCGGCUCGGAGCUACAGAUGUAGCUUUGAUGCAGUAGAGGGAUACCGGGCAUUUCUCCAUAAGUCAAACUGGCAACUAUCUUUACCUUGCUACACAUAAGCAGGUUUUGGUAUAGCAGAAACGGCCGAGUAUGGAAGGAGAUGUACUCUGUAAAGGACAGCUCAACCUUGCCUUUAUGGUUCUCAGCACAUGCCUUUAGAAGCACUCUUUUUUCCUGCCAUUGAUCCGACGAUCGUGUACAUUUCCCUAUUCAACUAUUGUACAUAUGCCAUCAUUAGUCUAAUUUUAUCUCUUUGAGUGGUCAUUGACUUGAUUUUUUAUCAUACUGUGUACGUUUUGUGGAACCUUUAAGGGUGGUUUCGACAUGAAUGUAGUGAAUUUAUAUGUUGAUAUCUGUUCAGUAUAGUCUGAAUAUGAUGUAAAGUUGCUAUGAUAUUGCAGUCUUUUGUUCCA